AUGAAUAAGGCAAUCUUCUUUUUUCUCAUUUUUCUUGUUCUCCUCCCUCUUCACAUGUUUGCAUUAAGGCCUCUACAAGAUCAAUGGAGUCCCGUCAAGGACGCUAAAGAUCCUCACAUCAUAAAGAUUGGAGAAUUUGCGGUCUCAGAGUAUGCCAGAUUGAAUGAAGUUACAUUAAAGUUCGUGACAGUUGUUAGCGGCGAUAUUCAAAUAGUUUCCAAUGUGAAAUAUUACAAGCUUGUAGUGACGGCUAAUAAUGGCGGAAACAACUCAAGCAAAAACUACGAAACAGUUGUAUGGGUGUUAAAAUCAAUAUUGGAAAUCAUGGAUUUCAAGCCACUAUUUUAA